AUGUCUGCCCAGGCGCGGUCUUCAGAAGAGAAGUUAUGCGUAGCAUCAGAAACGCUACCAGAGUUUGGUUUAAAUGACCGUCGAGUGACACGAAGCUGCCCACUGGAGACUUCACCCUGUGCUCGAGCGUUCAACAUGGAAAACUUUGCCAGCAACUCCGAUUCUGUGAUGCCAGAAUUCUCGCAAAUUUGCACCGCGCACACCAAACGAUACAGCGCAGCCUCCAACUGUGGCAAGCGAUCCUCCAAAACCAACAUUGACUUGCCGUACAGCGACCGUGUCACGCGCAGCAGCAAGUUGGGCAAAUAUCCUAAUGCUGCUGCCGAUGAGACCGGGAUAGACACUGGCUCAGACGUAAUGUUCCACGAUGUUCCGGAGUUAGAAGGUUGA